AUGGCGUCAGCCAGAGGCAGCUGUCGCAUGGCCCGUGCCUUCGGGGCCGUGCUCCCCCUGAACUGGUUUGGAGACGCGUCGUCCCGGCAUCCCUCUAACAGUUCGGUGGGCAACGGAUCUGAGAGCACUCGCCCGACCUGGGGUCCCCGCAGCCUGGACGGCCUGGAGGGAGUGGCAGAGGCCGGAGCGGCGCUGGCACUGCGCGCGCUGAUCGCGGGCGCCUACCUGGCCCUGUGCGCUGUGGGGCUGGUGGGCAACGUGCUGGUGCUGGUCCUGGUGCGGUCCCAGCAGCGGCGCCGGCGCUCGCUGCUCAACUGCUUCCUCCUCAACCUUGCAGCCACCGACCUGCAGUUCGUGCUGACACUGCCCUUCUGGGCCGUGGACAUGGUGCGCGACUUCAACUGGCCCUUCGGGGGUGCCAUGUGCAAGGUGGUGCUCACGCUCACGGUGCUCAACAUGUACGCCAGCGGCUUCUUCCUUAGCGCCAUGAGCGUGGCGCGCUACUACGCGGUGGUGAGGGCGCUGCGCCCCCGCCGGCCGGGCACCCUGUGGGCUGUCUGCGUGUGCAGCUUGCUCUGGGCCACCGCAGUCCUGGCCACCGCACCCACCGCCCUGUUUGCCACAGCAGCCAGCAUCGGGGGCGAACGCCUGUGCCUGCUGCGCUUCCCCGACGGCGGUCCCGACUGGCUGGCCUUCUACCAUCUGCAAAAGAUCACCGUGGCUUUUGUGCUGCCGCUGGUCACGCUGGGGACCUGCUCGCUGCUGCUUCUGCGCUUCCUGCGGCGGCGGCGGGCACGCUGGCCGUCUGGGGUCCGGCCCCGACGUCGCUCCCGGGUUACCCGCGCGCUGGCCUGCGUGCUGCUGGUCUUCGUGCUCUGUUGGCUGCCCAACCAAGCGGUUACGUUCUGGGGGGUGCUGAUCAAGCUGAACGCGGUGCCCUGGGACCGCGCCUACUUCCUGGUGCAGGCCUACCUCUUCCCGGUGUCCAUCUGCCUGGCGCACUCCAACAGCUGCCUCAACCCGCUACUCUACUGCCUGCUGCGCCGCGACUUCCGCCAGGGCCUGCAAGAGCUGUGCGGCCGGGCCAAGCGCCCAGCAGACCUCCGACCCGGCUCUCCUACAGCCGCGCCCCAGCUACGGGGCUCUCUGAUUAGGCCUGAACCUGGAGAACCACACCUCUCAGUAAGGACCACACGCUGCUCCAUCAGUACCAAGAGUGAUGGGGCAGAUAUAUGACGUCAAGGGGCAGGGCCUGACUGGAGAAGCAGGCCCUUUGGCCGUGGAAAUUACUUAAGCCUGGGAGUUCAUCACUAACCUUCUGUGUGACCCAGGUGUUCCACUCUACCUGCCUCCCUGCCAUUCC